CAGGAAGCUGUCAGUGGCAACCACUGUAAAAAGUAACUUGACUUGGCGGGUCUUUUUUCAACUUCUUCUCUGACUACGCAUUUCUUCAAACCAGUGGACAGGGGCUGUUCUAUGAUGGGUUGUCUCACCUGUAAAAGAUGUUGCGUUGCCAUUGUGAUUGUGAUUGUAGUGAUUCUAAUAGUGACAAUCAGUCUGAAAUACUCUCGGAGACCCUCUGAUAAGUGCUAUACUAAAGCAGCAGUGGCAGCCGAUGCCGGGACUUGCUCUGAGAUCGGGAGGGACAUAUUGAAGCGCAAAGGUUCAGCAGUUGACGCUGCUAUUGCUGCUCUGCUGUGUGUGAGUCUGGUUAAUGCUCAAAGUGUGGGCAUUGGAGGAGGGGUUGUUUUCACCAUUUACAAUGCAUCAACAGGAAAGGUGGAGACAAUUAAUGCAAGAGAAACUGCUCCAAUGGGUGCUUCAGAGAACAUGUUUGGCAAAGACCCACAGAAUGCAAAACCAGGAUUAUUUAUAGGUACACCAGGACUGCUGCGUGGUUAUGAGCUGGCACACAAAAGACACGGGAGACUGAAAUGGAAGGAGCUGUUUGAGCCCAGUAUAAAGCUGGCAUUAGAUGGAUUUCAGGUUGGCAGGGCCUUGGCCUUGGCCAUCAAUGAGACUAGUGACAAAAUUCUGAAUAAUGCAGCAUUGUGUUUUCUAAGGUUCAGUUCAGAUAAUGAAACGUUUCAUUUCGAUUAUAACUUCUCAAGCAGCAGUGUGUCCACAACAGAGAAUAAGAUUUUGACCUAUCAUCGCAUGAUAGAGGCUUUCCGCUUCGCUAAUGUUCAGAAGACUAAACUGGGAGACCCAGUAAUAAAUAAAAACGUCACUGAGAUUGUAAAAAGAAUGACCUCAGAGAGCCUUGCGGACGGGAUCAGGAAUAAGAUUAAAGAUGACUUCAAACAAACCAGUUACUAUGAGCAGGAGGACCGUGAUGGUGUACCUGAAGACCAUGGCACAUCUCACCUGUCUGUCCUCGCUGAAGAUGGGAGUGCAGUGGCCAUCACCAGCAGUAUCAAUAACUAUUUUGGUUCUGGAGUGAUGUCACGCUCAGGCAUUAUAUUUAAUGACCAAAUGAGGGAUUUCAUUGAUCCUGAGCUGACAAGUGGUCAUGGCAAAAACAACUUAAUUAAACCAGGUAAAAGGCCACUUUCAUCAAUGUGUCCCACAAUCAUUUUGGACAAACACAGCAAACAAGUCAAAAUGGUGGUCGGAGGUGCAGGUGGAACAAAUAUCACCACAUCAGUUGCUCAGGUGAUCCUGAACUAUCUGUUUUUUGGUUAUGACCUGCAGAAAGCUGUUAAAGAGCCCAGAGUUCAGAUCACAAUGAAUGAGACAGGUAUAGAAAAGAACUUUGAUAAGAGCAUAACUGAUGGUCUGAUGCUGAAGAAUCAUAUUAUAUAUCCCAAUAUUUCAUUUCAAUAUUUAUCAGUGGUCCAGGCAAUUGUACGAGAGGAGGACAAAGUCUGUGCUGAAUCUGACCACAGGAAUUACGGCUAUCCUGCUGGAUACUGA